AUGAUCGAUCCAAGCUCCUCGGAAGAAGAUAGCGAAGAUGAACACAAGAAGCAGCCCACUAAAUUACCAGUUUUACCACCUGGGACCUUGGCGGGUGGUAGACCAUCAGUGCGAGGGAAACCAGAACUGCCCCGAGGGUCCACAGCGGGUCUACCAGGUAAAGGUCCAAGUCCAUUAACAACAGCACCGCUAGCAGCUCCCCUUCACCCAGCCACCAGACAGAGAGAAGCUGCAGCGUUGGCACCGCCUCCUCAUGCAUCAUUCUUGCGCAGGACGUCGACUGGGAGUGCAAGCUCGGGGGAGGCACCAGCUCCCUCACCAAGCCCCUCUGGUGCCAGCCAUUCUGAUAAGGACCAGGAUCCUCAGGAGAAAAUCGAAAAACUAGAGGAAGACAAAAAACGACGUAUCCAGCUUUACGUUUUUGUAUCUCGAUGUAUUGCUCAUCCGUUUAACGCGAAACAGCCAACUGAUAUGACGAGAAGACAUACGAAACUCACUCCUCAUCAACUGGAAACCAUUCAGGCUCGGUUUCAGGCCUUCCUCAAGGGUGAGACACAGAUCUUGGCAGACGAGGCAUUCCAGAACGCAGUCCAGUCGUACCAUGACGUUUUCCUAAAAUCCGAAAGAGUGGAACAAAUGGUGAAGUCAGGAGCGUGUUCUCAUCAUGAUUUCCGCGAAGUAUUCAGAAACAACAUCGAGAAGAGAGUCAGGUCUCUCCCAGAAAUAGACGGAUUAAGUAAAGAAACGGUUUUAUCAUCAUGGUUGGCAAAGUUUGAUUGUAUCAUGAAGGGCACAGGCAUACCGGGAGAUGAUGAGUCCAAAAGACCGUCUCGAGCUCAGCAACAAAGCCUCAAUGCUGAAUGCAUCCUCAGCAAAGAACAGCUCUAUGACAUGUUCCAGCAAAUCCUUGGAGUCAAGAAGUUUGAACAUCAACUCCUUUUCAACGCUCUUCUUUUGGAUUCAGCUGACGAACAAGCUGCAGCCAUCAGAAGAGAACUGGAUGGAAGAAUGCAGAAAGUUAAUGAAAUGGAAAAGAAUCGCAAGCUAAUGCCGAAGUUCGUGCUAAAAGAGAUGGAAUCACUGUACAUCGAAGAGUUGAAGUCUUCAAUCAACUUACUGAUGGCUAACUUGGAGUCAUUGCCUGUCUCUAAAGGCGGUGCAGACUCCAAAUAUGGCCUCCAUAAAAUCAAGCGGUAUAAUCACAGGUCAAAUGCCGGACCAGAUCCGAGUCCAAGGUUGAGUAAGCAGCUGUGUUUCAGAUCACAAGGCUCGCUUGCCAACAAGUUGACGGGUGAGGCAGAUGGCGGUGAUGUCGACACUCAACUCACGAAAAUGGAUGUUGUCCUAACGUUUCAAAUAGAGGUGGUUGUGAUGGAAGUGAAGGGUCUCAAGUCGUUAGCACCAAAUAGAAUAGUUUAUUGCACUAUGGAGGUUGAAGGCGGAGACAAACUUCAGACUGAUCAAGCAGAAGCCUCUAAGCCAAUGUGGGAUACACAAGGUGACUUCAGUACAACACAGCCGUUGCCUGCAGUCAAAGUGAAGCUUUAUACUGAAAACCCCGGAGUUCUGGCACUGGAAGAUAAGGAGCUCGGCAAAGUUGUGCUGAGGCCGACACCCUUAUCUAGUAAAGUGCCCGAAUGGCAUCGUAUGACAGUACCAAAGAAUCUACCUGACCAAGACUUAAGAAUCAAAAUCGCUUGCAGAAUGGACAAACCUCUUAAUAUGAAGCAUUGUGGCUACCUCCACGUUAUCGGCAAAAAUGUUUGGCGUAAAUGGAAGCGAAGAUACAUGGUGCUCGUACAAGUCAGCCAGUACACGUUUGCCUUAUGUUCAUACAAAGAUAAGAAGUCAGAGCCGGCAGAAAUGAUGCAGUUAGAUGGCUUUACUGUGGACUACAUUGAGCUCGCAAGCGCUCAGCUGAUCGUCGGACAAGAAUUGGAAGGUGCUAAAUACUUCAUGAAUGCUGUCAGAGAUGGAGAAUCAGUUCUCAUGGGAGUUACUGAUGAGAAUGAGUGCCAUCUAUGGGUUAUGGCGUUGUAUAGAGCUACAGGACAGAGUCAUAAACCGACGCCGCCUACUACUUCAGAUACGCACCAUAAAAUUAUGGGAGAUGCUGACAAAGCACGCAAACAUGGCAUGGAGGACUAUAUUCAAGCUGAUCCGUGUCAGUACGAUCAUCACCAGUUGUUCUGUGUGCUGCAGUCUUUGACGCUGAAGUAUCGUUUACAAGAUCCAUACUGUUCUCUGGGCUGGUUUUCUCCAGGCCAAGUAUUUGUCCUUGACGAGUACUGUGCAAGAUACGGCGUGAGAGGCUGUUUCAGACAUCUUUGUUACCUAUCAGAUCUACUCGAUGUGGCAGAGAGUGGGUCUCAGACCGUGGACCCCACUCUAAUGCAUUACUCCUUCGCGUUCUGCGCCAGCCACGUCCAUGGUAACAGAGUAAGCCCUACGCCGGAAGUGGUUCACAGUACAGCGACGUUGACUGGCAGGCCGGACGGGGUAGGCAGCAUCACUGUGCAAGAGAAGGAAAAGUUUGCGGAGAUAAAGGAAAGAUUGAAGGCGUUACUGCAGCAUCAGAUCACUAACUUUAGAUAUGCGUUCCCAUUUGGACGGCCUGAGGGAGCGCUUAAGGCCACGUUAUCUCUCUUGGAAAGAGUACUGAUGAAGGACGUGGUAACACCAGUAGCGCCAGAGGAGGUGAGAGCGAUGAUACAGACCAGCUUGGAGAACGCAGCCUUAUUGAACUACACACAGCUUAGCCAAAAAGCGAACAUCGAAGAGGACUUAAGAGGAGAAACAAUGGUUACACCAGCGAAAAAACUGGAAGAUCUCAUACAUUUAGCAGAACUGUGCGUAGAUCUGCUUCAACAGAAUGAAGAGCAUUAUGCAGAGGUUUAUAACACAAAACCGGACUCUAGCGGUCAACAAAAUGCCUUCGCGUGGUUUUCCGAGCUGUUGGUCGAGCAUGCUGAGAUCUUCUGGGCGUUAUUCGGAGUGGACAUGGAUAGAGUAUUAGCUGAACAACCCCCAGACACCUGGGAUUCCUUUCCUUUAUUCCAAAUCCUUAAUGAUUAUUUAAGAAGUGAUGCUCCUUUUGUCUCAUCGCCAGAAAAUCUAAAAGGUGGCAGGUUUCAUGAGCAUCUACGGGAUACAUUUGCUCCUCUUGUUGUGAGAUAUGUGGACUUGAUGGAGUCCUCUAUAGCCCAGUCCCUUCACAAAGGUUUCGAGAAGGAAAGGUGGGAGAUCAAAGGUAAUGGUUGUUCCACGAGUGAGGAGUUGUUCUGGAAGCUGGAUGCGCUGCAGUGCUUCAUUAGGGACCUUCAUUGGCCGGAGCCGGAGUUCCGGUCGCACCUUGAGCAGAGGUUGAAGCUGAUGGCGUGUGACAUGAUGGAAACAUGUAUACAAAGGACCGAGGCGUCGUUCCAGUCCUGGCUGAAGAAGAGCGUCACCUUCAUGUCAACGGACUACAUCCUGCCGGCGGAGACCUGCGCCAUGGUCAACGUGGCCCUCGACGCUAAGAACCAGGCACUGAAGUUAUGCGCAGUUGAAGGGGUAGAUAUUUACCAGUACCACACCAAGAUGGACGCGCAGAUUGAAGCCUGUCUCCAGGGUAUGGCGUCCGGGAUGACCACGAGGUUGUCAGCAGUGCUAGAAGCAACGCUCGCUAAGAUCGCCAGGUUCGAUGAGGGAAGUUUGAUCGGGUCAAUCCUGACGAUAGCCAACGUGUCAGGAUCAGGCAAGGACAUCGGCCAGGGUUAUGUCAACUUCAUGAGGAACUCCAUGGACCAAAUAAGAUCGAAGGUUACAGAUGAGUUAUGGAUCCUCCAGCUGUUUGAGCAAUGGUACGGGAUUCAGGUGGGGCUGAUCAACACUUGGCUGGCUGAGAGACCAGCACUACAUCCACAGCAAGUCGCCUGCCUUUCUAUCAUUUUGAAAAAAAUGUACAGCGAUUUUGAGCUGCAAGGCGUGAUCGAUGACAAGUUGAACUCGAAGAUAUAUCAGAAUGUAGCAGCGAGGAUGCACACUGAAGAGGCGACCUGCAGCUUGCUACUCACUCAACAAGAUGCUGGGGGCGGUGAUGAUGGAGGCUCAGAGGAGGGUUCCAGGAGUGGCAAAUCAAAACUCGAGGCGCUUACGGAGGAGGCCAAGCUUGGCAAUGUUACCGCUGUUGUCGGAAAGGUUGGCAACAUCUUCGGUCGUGGUAUUGGAGAACUGUCAACGAAGCUUGGCGGCGCAUCGUCCUGGUUUUAA